AUGUCUGAAUUUAAUACCACAUUUCAACCUUCUGUCUUCAUCCUCACUGGUCUCAGAGGGCUGGUGGGUGCACGCCUGUGGCUGGGACCACUCCUGAGCCUGAUGUACAUCACCACAUUGGCAGGGAACUGUACUGUAAUUUAUUUAGUGAGGACUGAAAGGAGUCUGCAGGAGCCCCAGUACCAAUUUUUGUCUAUGCUGGCCGGGGCUGACAUUGUCUUGUCUGUCUCUACACUGUUCUCUGUGCUAAAAGUUUUUAUCUUUGACCUCUAUGAAAUUGCAUUUGACAGUUGCCUUGCUCAGCUCUUCUUCAUCCAUACAUCUUCUUCCAUGGGUUCAGGAAUCUUGUUAGCUAUGGCUUUUGACCGCUUUGUGUCCAUCAGUCACCCCCUGCAAUAUACAACAAUACUGACGAACUCACGAGUCACCAGGAUGGGACUGGCAGCCUUUCUGAGGGGUGUAGCGCUCAUGAUGCCCUUGCCUAUACUGCUUAAGAGAUUACCAUUCUGCAAGGGGCAGCUGUUGUCCUAUUCCUACUGUAUCCACCCAAAUGUCAUGAAGCUAGCCUGUGGCCAAGUCAAGAUCAAUAUUUUCUAUGGUCUUGUUUUGGUUAUAUUUUCAUUUGGGGUGGACUUUUUGCUCAUAGCUAUUUCUUAUGCUCUGAUAUUUCAAGCAGUUAUGGGGAUCGCUUCUAGAGAAGGUCAGAUGAAGGCGCUCAAUACUUGUUUGUCUCAUAUCUUUAUUGUUUUUAUCUACUAUGGCCCUUUGUUGGCAAUAACUGUAAUGCAUCGCAUCAGCCACAGAAGUUCUCCAAUAGCACAUGCAGUCCUGGGAAAUAUCUAUCUUUUUAUGCCCCCAAUGCUUAACCCAAUUGUGUAUAGCCUGAAGACCAAGCAGAUUCGCUCUGCCCUGAGAAAAUCUUUGAAGAUCCAGAGGAGAUGA